AUGCAAGCUUCCAAGAGACUGCGAAAGGAACUACAAAAUCUGGAACGGAACAAGAAGGAUCCAUAUAUUUACUUGAUACCUGACUCCGAGAAUAUAUUAAAAUGGUCAGCUUUGCUUCGUGGUCCUUCAGAGACUCCAUAUGAAAGCGGCAUCUUUCAGCUGUCCAUUGAUUGUAGCAAUGACUACCCUCUGGCGCCUCCAUCGAUACAAUUCAUGACCAGAGUGUUUCAUCCAAAUGUUCACUUUCGAACAGGUGAUGUCUGCUUGGAUAUUCUGAAGAAGGAGUGGAGCCCUGCUUGGGGAAUUCAAGCCGCUUGCCGGGCAAUUCUUGCGUUGUUGAGCGAUCCAGAUGCAGACUCUCCAUUGAACUGUGAUGCGGGCAACAUGAUAAGAGGGAAUGACAUGAUGGCAUAUAAUUGUACGGCUCGAAUGUAUACUGUAGAGAAUGCAAUGUUUUUGACAUGGCCUGGAGAAUAG